AGAUUUCAAGUCUCGGUUGCCCUGCUCGAGGCGCACUAGGAUCGUAGACGCUUUCUUUCCGAACGCGCCAAAAUGGUUGUUGCUCAGCAAGUGAAGGAAGCUGAGAUCACGGAGCAGGAAUCCUUGCUGCUGACUAGAAAUCUACUUCGCAUCGCAAUCUUCAACAUCAGCUAUAUACGAAGGUUGUUUCCUGAGAAUUACUUCAAUGACAACUCGGUUCCAGCCUUAGAGAUGAAGAUUAAGAAGCUCAUGCCGUUGGACAGCGAAUCCAGGAGAAUGAUCGACUGGAUGGAGAAAGGUGUCUACGAUGCGUUACAGAAAAAGUACCUGAGGACGCUAUUAUUUUGUAUAUGCGAGGAUGUAGAAGGCCCUAUGAUAGAGGAAUAUUCUUUUUCUUUCAGUUAUGUGGAUUCCUGCAAAGAAGAGGUGUCCAUGAACAUAAGUCGCAAUGGAAACAAAAAAAAUGGGGCCACCUUCAGGACUACUAGCAUGGAUGUCACUCCUGAUCAGAUGAGGAGCUCGGCUUGCAAGAUGAUUCGGACUCUAGUUCAAUUGAUGAGGACUCUUGACCACAUGCCACCAGAGCGCACCAUUCUAAUGAAGCUUCUCUAUUAUGAUGAUAUUACGCCAAAAGACUACGAACCUCCCUUUUUUAGAAGCUGCGAUGAAAAUGAAGCCAAGAACAUAUGGACCAAAAAUCCUUUAUGAAUGGCAGUUGGAAACGUCAACAGCAGGCAUUUGGUAUUAGCUCUCAAGGUGAAGAGCAUCCUUGAUCCUUGUGAGGAUGACAAUGAGGACCAUCAUGAGGACGAGGUGAACUUGGGAGCUGAUUCUGAUCAAAAUCAUUACUCAUCUUCUGAUAGUGAGAUCCACCCUUCUCUUGCUGACAAGUACUAUGUGGCUCCUGCCGGUGAGAAAUUUACAGGUGAAGAUAAUGGAAUCAAUUCUGAUGCUGAUACUCAAGAUGCUGCACAUGAAGGUGAAUUGGUGAGUCAGGUGAAGGAAUGGAUUUAUUCUAGACAUAUCAGCACUUUUGAUCAUGCUGACAUUCUUUCCAAUUUUCCAGAUAUCUCAUUGGCCCUGACUGAAGUUAUUGUGGAGAAGUUGCUAAAAGAAGGACUUUUAUGUAAGACUGGCAAGGAUUGUUACACCAUCAAAAGAGAAAAGGAUAUGUUUUCAAAAAAUGAUGAAGUGAAAGAAGAAGAAGAAGUGGAAAUGCAUGACACCCAAGAAAGGAUGAAUACCAAUGUUGAUGAGGACUACAUGUACAUGAAAGCUCUAUAUCAUGCUCUUCCAAUGAAAUACGUGACGGUAGGGAAGCUUCAACAAAAGCUGACUGGAGAAGCCAACCAGAACGCAAUAAGGAAAUUAAUGGACAGAAUGGUUCAGGAAGGCUAUAUUAAGAACACAGGAAAGAAACGGCUUGGGAAGCUUGUGGUUCAAUCUGAAGCCAGAUUCAAGAAGCUUGCCGAGGUCAAAGAAUUACUAGACGGAAAACCGAUGGAAAUUGAAGUCAUCGACCGACCAUUCG